CCCAACCAAGAGGGAGGCAUGUAGCCCGGAUGGAGGGCCAGGACAGGGGGCCAUGGGGAGAAGGCUACCACAGACCUCGACCCCAGUCUAGGCAUAAUGGUGAGAGGUAUUACCACCACCAACAGGACCUCAGAACAGGGCCUCAACUGUGGCCAGACCCAUGGAUGGAGUACCACCACCCCAGCUAUCCUGGCAGGCCAGAGGACCAGAUCAGACCAGAUUCCAGAGCAGAGUAUUAUGAAAGCAGUUAUCUCACUAGACCAUAUUCAAGGCAAGGCUAUGAGGACCCCUACUGGAGCUACCCAUCGCCAAGCUCUGGGGAAGACUACGCUUUCAGAGGUUAUCACAGACCCUCCCAAGUACUGCAGCAUGAGAGAGAUCUUUAUGGUGGUUUUCUCUGAGUGUGCAGAUCCAAGGCACGAAGAUCUUUAUGGCAGGCACAUGAAUUACUGGGAUCAGAACUACUACAGAGACUCCCGUCAUGACCAGGAUACCAGCCCAUUUGGGCAGAACGAUGUGGCACAAUACCGCUCAAAGAGCUACAGUUCCUAUGAGGAGAAGUACAUCUCUACUCCCAGGCAGGAACAGAUUGGGGUGGAAGCCCGGGGGAACUGCGUGGAGGAUGCCAGCUUCCAGCCAUAUGAGCUCCCCGCCCCACGUGAGCUCAGCCGGCUCGUGCAGUACAAGGAAUCUGGCCUCAGCUCCAGCAGUUAUGAACUCAGUCAGUACAUGCGCGACUCUCCCAAUCAGUACGACCCAGAUCCUUCAGAGACCUGGAGUCCAGUUCAAACAGAGGAAGUCUUGCUGUCCACUCCGCACCACGUGGCACCGCAGAAGUAUUCCCUCCCUCACGUGCCAGUGUGCUUUGGAGCAGGAGGCCAGCUGGUCCGAGUGUGCCCUAACUCCCCGGCUGAUGGGCAGCCUGCCCUCAUUGAAAUGCACAGCCUGGAGGUAAUCCUUCAUGACACCAAAGAGCAGGAGGAGAUGCGAGCCUUCCCAGGGCCUCUGGUCAGGGAGGAUUUGCACAAGGUGGAUGUGAUGACAUUUUGCCAGCGCAAAGCAGCCAUGAGCUGUGAUUUGGAGACUGAGAGAGGCAGAGACUCAGCCCUGCUCUGGAAACUCUUGGUCCUCCUUUGCCGGCAGAAUGGGUCCAUGGUGGGCUCAGACACAGCUGAGCUGCUGAUGCAAGACUGCAAGCGCCUGGAGAAGUAUAAAAGGCAAGAGCCAGUGGCCAAUCUGAUCAACCUGACCAAUGAAGAGUGGCCAGUGCAGGGCUCCGGGACACCAGACCUCCUCACUGGGGAGAUCCCACCCAGCAUGGAGACACCAGAGCAGAGAGUGGAGAAAUUCACCAAGCUCCUCUUCUAUGGCAGAAAGAAAGAAGCCCUGGACUGGGCCAUGAGAAGCCAGCUGUGGGGUCAUGCCCUAUUCCUGUCAAGCAAGAUGGACCUGAGGACCUACAGCUGGGUUCUAUCUGGGUUCACCAGCACGCUGGCCCUCAACGACCCCCUGCAGACUCUCUUCCAGCUCAUGUCCGGAAGGAUACCUCAGGCAGCUCUGUGCUGUGGGGAUGGCAGGUGGGGAGACUGGAGACCACACCUGGCAGUGAUGCUGUCCAACCAGGUUGGGGACACUGAGCUGAACCACCGGGCCAUCGUCGCCAUGGGAGACACCUUGGCUGGGAGAGGGUUAAUAGAAGCUGCUCACUUCUGCUAUCUAAUGGCGAAUGUCCCUUUUGGUCACUACGGGGUUAAGACAGACCACAUUGUCUUGCUGGGCAGUGACCCCAGUCAGACAUUUGUACAGUUUGCCAAGACGGAAUCUAUCCUAAGGACUGAAAUCUUUGAGUAUUGUCAGAUGCUGGGACGUCCCAAAUCCUUCAUCCUCUCCUUCCAGGUGUAUAAACUCCUUUACGCUGCACGCCUGGCGGACUAUGGUCUCACCUCCCAGGCCUUGCAUUACUGCGAAGGGAUUGGCACAGCUCUGCUAGACCAGACCCAGGCCAGCCAUCCGGUGCUGUUAGAACAGGUUAUCAAGCUUGCAGAGCAGCUGAAGCUCUCUGACCCAUUGCUACUGGAAAGACCUGAGCAGGAACAGAACCUGGAACCCGACUGGCUCGUCCAGCUCCGAGCCCGAGGCCAACAAUGGGAGAAGGAAGGCGACCUCCCCAACUUGGCAUCCGCUCAGCCAGAGCUCUCCAGAGCCAGCGGAUCCACAGCAGACAGAGAUCUCCGUCAUGAGUUUGCACAAAACCCAGGCUACCAGCACAACCUAGAGUUCCAGCAGCAUAACCCCCCUGCUCCUGAGAGGACAGGCCAGUACCAGCCAGGUCUACAGGAGAACGUGUCCUUCCCGCCUGGUGCAUAUUCCAGGGUGGAGGGGUCAGAGCAGGCCAUAGCUUCUGUGCCACCUGAUGCCAUGCAAGAGAAUCGUCCCACAGAGGUCAGCUUUGGGGCAAACCUCUCUCUAGAGGGAAUUUCAAAUGACCAUUCCCCACAGGUCUACCAGCCACCAGGGAGCGCUGUGAGGUUUCAAGGACGCUCCCGGCCCUUUGGGGUUCAGAAGAACAUUCUGGAACAGCAGAGUGUGUUGAAUGCCAGGGCCCGAACCGUCUCAGAGAGCUCCACCAUCUCCGUGGAGGAGGACGCCUUGCGACCCCCAGAAGGCACAGGCGAGGGAGUUGCCGUAGAGCAGCCGUCGACGGAGGGGGCAGAGCGAGAGGAGGCAAAGGGCUCAGGGUUUGGCUGGUUCAGUUGGUUUCGAUCAAAGCCCUCCAAGGAGGUGACGCCUUCCAGAGAUGUGUCCGGCCCUGCCCCAGUCUCUGCUGCACUCGGGUCCCAGGAGAAGGAUGCACCAGCCCCACUUCCCUCUCCCCCUCCUCCAGCCACUGGAGCAAGCUCUUCAUCAUCUCACCCUCCUCGCCUGCUUCCGGCUUCCCCCAGCCCUCUCUCCAGAAGCUCAGCUAUGAAUGAAGCUAAAGGCUUGCAGGGCCCCGAUGGCAGGGAAUCAGCAGCCUUUCCUGGGGCUGGAGGCCAGGCUGACUCACAUGGCCCUCUCUCUGGUCCUGGUGGUCUCCUUCUUGCCCCUAGUAGAGGGCAGGUCCCACUCUUCAAUCCUGCUCAGGUUCCUCAGCUCUCCACUGCUGCCUCCCUUGGACUUGGCCAACCCAAGCGGCUCUCACAGCGGCGCUACCCAGCCCAGCCAUGACAAGGCGCUACCCAGCCUGGCCUGUCUACCAAGUCUCCUGUGGAGCAGAGGCUGCAAGAGUCCUUGCAUGGGGACAGAAACAGACUAUUCAUUUGUACUGAGUCCCUGCCCUUUUUCUGCCCCUUUUCCUCUUUCCCCUAGGAAUGUUGCCAGUA